CCAACCCAAACCCUAAUCCCUCUUCCAAUUGUACAAUUAGAUUCAAUCAUUUCUAUUAACUGUAGCCAUGCCAAACCCUAGAGUUUUCUUCGAUAUGACCGUCGGUGGCACAGCCGCUGGACGUAUCGUCUUCGAGCUCUUCGCCGAUGUCACUCCAAGAACCGCCGAGAAUUUCCGCGCUCUCUGCACCGGUGAGAAAGGUGUCGGACGUAGCGGCAAGCCACUUCACUUCAAGGGAUCCUCCUUCCAUCGUGUGAUCCCCAACUUCAUGUGUCAGGGAGGUGACUUCACCGCCGGGAACGGCACCGGAGGAGAAUCGAUCUACGGAUCCAAAUUCGCCGAUGAGAACUUCAUCAAGAAGCAUACCGGUCCUGGUAUCUUAUCUAUGGCUAACGCUGGUCCAGGAACCAACGGAUCUCAGUUUUUCGUCUGCACUGCAAAGACCGAAUGGCUCGACGGUAAACACGUUGUGUUUGGUCAGGUUGUUGAAGGACUUGAUGUUGUGAAGGAGAUCGAGAAGGUUGGAUCAAGCAGCGGGAAGACCUCUAAGCCUGUGAAGAUCGCUGACUGUGGUCAACUCUCUUAGAUGAUGUUGACUCUUUUGGUGGCUCUGAAUUUAAAUUUGUUCUAAAACCCAAGUGUUUUCCAAUUCGGUGUCGUUUUUAGUCUUUUUAUCGUUUUCUGCUUUAGGGAUUGUGGUGGUGCUAUUUGUUAUAUCUGGAUCCAAUGAACCCCCUUCCUUUUAUUGCUAUCAUUAUGCAUUUGAUAGUGUGAGUGGAGUCUUGUUGUGGUAAACAUAAAAAUGAUGAGCUACCUUAAUAAAUUAGGAUUAUUACUC